GGCAGGGAGUUCCUGCAUGGAUGUUGAAUGUGAGUGGAUGUACGCAUGUGUGUAUGAGUGUGUGGAGGCAGGCCAGGAAUACCAUGCCUAGGAAUGGAAAAUGCUUAAAAUUACCGUAGAAGUUGCCGGGGAUGCUGUGAGGAGAUCCUAGGAAAUAAUCUGAGCAGACACCCAAGUGAUCUGAGCCAAAAUGCUUUAGAAUACUCAUUUUCUUAUCUACCAUUGUGCUGCGGAGCUACCUCUGGGAUUAGUUGCAGUUUGCCAUUUUAACUCCUGUUUAUACCUGAUUCCUAAUGAAAGGGAGUAUGCACAGGUUCAUUCAAGUAACUUUAGGAUUACCAAGGACAAAGUUUAUCUUUUACAACGUGCGUUGCUUAUCCUGAUUUAAGUUUUAAAGACCUGACAAACUCUGGUUUGAGUGAGGGGUUAGCAGAAUUUUUUCCAAUUUACAACACUUGUGCUGGUCAUGGAUUACUAUAUGCAGUGUGCAGCCAUUUGUUAAAGCUGUUUUAGCACAAAAUUCUCCAAACACUCAAGAGUUCUUGACUACCAUGCAUUGCAGGACUGCAUUGUUGUUACAGAUAUGCUCACCUGCGGUUUGCUCAGGAAAAGCAUUUCACAUGGCACCUUACUGAAUGUCACAAAGUUGUAAAGCAGCCGCUUUUUAUUUCAGCAGCAGAUUAGAUGCACAAAUGCAGAUGCACAUCUGAAGAGUAUACAUUGGUCAGAAACAAUUGGACAGUUAAUUUUCAAAUGAUGAAAAGGGCCAGCAUGUGGGACCCUUUGAAUGUGAAGCAUUCAGAAAGAAACUACUAAUCUGCACAGCUCCUGUUUUAUUUCAUCUGUUUGGAAAAAUCAUUCCUCUAAACACACCAUAGCCUUUACACACUGGGUGGGGGUGGAGUGGUGCUCUGUAAACUGUCCUGAGAAAAGUGCAACAGCUGAAGGGGGACAGUCAGUUGACACAAAUUUGUCAGACUAGAUUCCAGUAGACAUGUUAUGUGGACUGAAAAAGGAUUUGCUCUCUGAUGCCGAUGAUGGUCCUUAUGGAAAAGGAAACAAAGAUGCUGGUGGCGUGGACUCUGCCCUGGUCUCUAGAAGACAAAGUAUACCAGAGGAAUUCCGAGGAGUUACAAUGGUUGAAUUAUUAAAAAAAGAAGGAAGCACCCUUGGUUUAACUAUAUCUGGUGGAGCAGACAAAGACGGCAAGCCAAGAGUCUCAAACCUUAGGCCUGGAGGUCUGGCAGCAAGAAGUGACCAGCUGAAUGUGGGUGACUACAUUAAAUCAGUCAAUGGGAUCAACCUUACAAAGCUGCGACAUGAUGAAAUUAUUAGUCUCCUGAAGAAUGUGGGUGAACGUGUCAUACUUGAGGUGGAGUACGAGUUACCACCUGCAGCUCCUGAUACCAGCUCUGGGAUAAUUCCAAAAAACAUUGAGAUCUCUCUGUACAAAGAAGGGAAUAGCUUUGGUUUUGUGAUGAGAGGUGGGGCCCAUGAAGACUGGCAUAAAUCUAGGCCACUAGUAGUAACCUAUGUGAGGCCUGGGGGACCAGCCGACAGGGAAGGAACUCUAAAAGUUGGGGACAGACUGCUGAGUGUGGAUGGUAUUCCUCUCCAUAAUGUGACACAUGCAGAUGCACUCAAUAUUUUCCGUCAGUCUGGCCAGGAAGCCAUUUUCCAGGCAGAGUAUGAUGUCUCCAUAGUAGAUUCUGUAUCCAAUGCCUCAGGUCCUUUGCUAGUUGAAAUAACCAAGACUCCUGGUUCCACGUUGGGUAUAACACUGACUACCACAAUGUAUCGUAACAAGCAAGUAAUAGUCAUCGAUAAAAUUAAACCUGCCAGUGUAGUAGACAGAUGUGGGGCCUUACAUAUAGGAGAUCACAUUCUGUCUAUAGAUGGAACCAGCACAGAACACUGUACUCUUCUAGAAGCAAUUCAGCUCUUAUCUAGCACGUCCGACAAUGUUAAACUCGAGAUCCUUCCUGUACGGCAAAGCAGGUUACCACUUAAACCUUCUGACACAGUUAAGGUACAGAAGAGUGAACUUCACCACUGCUGGGAUCCCAUUGUCAGCCACUGCCACACAAAUCAUCCCGGUAACUGCAAGACGCCUAGCUGGUACCCGGUCUCCACUCAGGAUUACUGCAAAUCUCUAGUACCCACCAGCUUCUCUCCAGCCACAUUAAACAUGCAGAAUUUUUCCUGUCAGAAUUCCGGCACACUCUCUGGCACACUACCUCGAAAUAUGCCACCUAUGAGCCCAAGGACAACACUGAUGAGGAGAAGGCUGAGGAAGAAAGAAUACAAGAGCUCAUUGUCAUUAGCAUCCAGCUCAGUGGGACUUGGUGGACAAAUUGUUCACACAGAAACUACUGAGGUGGUCCUGAGGGGCGAUCCCCUAAAUGGUUUUGGAAUCCAGCUGCAGGGAGGGAUCUUUGCUACUGAAACACUGUCCGCUCCUCCACUAAUCCGAUUCAUUGAGCCUGACAGCCCAGCUGAGAGGUGUGGACUGCUUCAAGUGGGAGACCGUCUACUUUCAAUCAAUGGUAUCCCAACAGAAGAUGGGACCCUGGAAGAAGCUAACCAGUUGCUGCGUGAUGCUGCUCUUACCAAUAAAGUAACACUGGAAAUUGAAUUUGAUGUGGCAGAAUCUGUAGUACCGAGCAGUGGGACUUUCCAUGUAAAAUUACCCAAGAAGAGAAGCGUUGAGCUCGGUAUCACAAUAAGUUCUGGAAGUCGGAAACCUGGUGAACCACUAAUUAUUUCAGAUAUUAAAAAAGGAAGCAUGGCACACAGGACUGGUACCUUGGAGCCUGGAGACAAGCUGCUGGCAAUUGAUAAUAUCCGCCUGGACAACUGUUCCAUGGAAGAUGCCGUUCAAAUCUUACAACAAUGUGAGGAGCUGGUAAAGCUGAAGAUAAGAAAAGAUGAGGAUAACUCUGAUGAACAGGAGACCACAGGUGCUAUUAUCUACACUGUGGAAUUGAAGCGGUAUGGUGGACCUUUGGGAAUAACUAUCUCAGGGACAGAAGAACCUUUUGAUCCAAUCAUUAUUUCAGGGCUGACCAAACGAGGACUAGCAGAAAGGACUGGAGCCAUUCACAUAGGAGAUCGGAUUUUAGCUAUUAAUAAUGCUAGUUUGAAGGGCAAACCACUGAGCGAAGCUAUCCACCUUCUCCAGAUGGCUGGAGAGACGGUGACUUUAAAGAUCAAGAAACAACCAGACCGAUUAUACAACAAGACGAAACCUGGUGGUGGUAGUGAAUUAAGUGACCCAGAAGAUGAACUUCCCGAUUCUCAGAAAACAGGCAAGCUGUCUGAAGUAUACUCUACUACUAUUCCAAGUGUUGAUAGUGCCUUGGAGUCCUGGGAUGGAUCAGGCAUUGAUACAGGAUAUGGAAGCCAAGGUACUUAUGUGAAUCAGGCUGUUGGUAUGUCACUUCACCCUCAUGAAUGGAGAAACACCAGGCACAGAAAUACCACUCCACCAAGCAAUCGCAGGAAAAGAUACCCAUACUUGGAUGCUGGCUUCAGCGAAGAUGACUGGGACAAACCUACAGGAUAUCUCGGCCCUCAAAAUGGUCUCAGCACGGAUCAUGGAGACAGUUUUUGGCACGUUUUUGGAGAGGCUUUGGAAGACUUGGACACUUGUGGGCAGUCAGAACUAUUGAGAGAAAUUGAGGAAUCCAUCAUGUCUGGGAGUGUAAUAAGCCUAGGAAUUGAUGGGAAUAAAUCAUAUGGUGAUUCAGUGAAUCAGUCCAACCUGAACUCCUCAAACAAAGGACAUUUCCGCUCCUGCAGAGAAGAAAAGAGUGACCUUAAAGCAGGCUGUGAUUUAGCAAAUGAAAGGUCUUUAGUGUCAAAGAUCAAAGAAGAAAUGCAAGAAAUGAUGCUGCCCACACCUCUGGAACUGCACAAGAUCACAGUUUACAAAGAUGAGGAAAGUGAAGACUUUGGUUUCAGUGUCUCAGAUGGCCUUUUAGAGAAAGGUGUUUAUGUUAAUAUGAUCCGUCCAGAUGGGCCAGCUGAUCAAGCAGGCCUCAAGCCUUUUGACCGUAUUCUUCAGGUAAACCAUGUUCGCACCCGAGAUUUUGACUGUUGUUUAGCUGUUCCACUUAUUUCAGAGGCAGAAGGCAAGUUGGAUUUGUUGGUUAGUAGAAAUCCCAUGGCACUUGGGGCACAUGGUCAAAGUGAAGAGAGUGAAGAACUGGAGGCCAAACACCAGGACUGCAGUGAAGUCAAAUCUAAUACACGCAGUGUGUAACUGGAGAAAUACAUACUCCCUAGUUUCUUAACAAAUUAUGUUUUUAUUGACAGAAAAGAAACUUCUUGUCCUCUCAGACAAGUGAAAACAGUGGUCUCAGUCCCCUUUACUGUUCUGUGAUUGACAGUUUCCCUCUUUGUCAUGUAAGGUUGGAACUCUGUUGUCCUCAUUUUCUGAGCACCCUUUUUGUCUAAUUUUGGAAAGGAUAACUCAUUUUGUUCUACAGACUUUGUGGUACUACAGUAAUUGAUUAUCACACUCCAUUAAAUAGAGGUGAUGCUACAGUGCCUCUUGUCCCUUGUUACUUUAGAUUCUGUAGCUGGGCAUUUUUAGUAUUCAGUGGAUUAUUAGGGCUGCUGGUGAACAGGCUUAGAACGUGGGAGUCUGUUACAGGGAAUACACUUUAGUUUGCACUGUCAGAAGCAGUUCUAUACUUUUUUUGUAGAACUGUUACAUCACGGUUAACAUUAAUAGUUGGCUAAUCCCUCCUGUACAUUCAUAAAAUAGAAGUGACCCACAUUCCUUGAAGGAUGCUUACUGUUACUAAAGUUAUCAACUUUGUAGUCUGCACUGCAAGCACUUGUGGAUGUAUUUGUGAGCUUUUAUUUCUUAAAGUAUGAGUGAUCCCUUAAUAUUACUUUUAUUAUAGUUCUAUCUGUAUACUAUUUCAUAAGCAUUUAUUUUGUUUGUACCCUCACCUUUUCACUUUUACAACUUUAUUUCUAUGUUUAUGUAAUGUUUCCCUUUGCACUUUAGUCACAGCCAUUUGCUUAUAUAUGUUUAAGUGAAUAGCGUUUGUCAUUUUUUUUGUUUGUGCCUUUUUUUAUGCAGUUGAUUUUUAUGGCAGUAGUACGUUUAUUGUACUGAAAUGUUUUUACACUUUUUAGUGCACUCUUUGACCCUUUUUAAUAUCAACUAUCACAUAUGUUUUGAAUCACAAGUUUAGUUACUACAACUCCCAGUGAAACAGGCUUGUUGCCAGCACUGUCUGAUGUUGGAUACUACCUUUCACACCUAUUACUUACAUUUUUUCCUUAGCUACUCAAAAUUCAAAGCCUUUGGGAACUGUAUUAAAUGUGCCACAUCCAUUUGUUUACUUGUACAGCAAAGAGCACACCAGUUUUGUUGGGCUGGUAGACUGUGUCCCACCUACCGGUGUGUGCUGAAGUGCCAAUUAAAAAAUUAGAAGUUCAAAGCAGUCACAUCCCACUUACAUGUAAUUGACAAAAAAUGCAGCAAACAGUAAUUAUAUCUAAAAAAUGUAUCCAAUUCUUAACUGUAAACUGCACAACUCCGGUAAUAUAGCUGAUCUACUGCAUUGGUUCUAACUACUGUUGCCCAUUAGCAACUUUACUGUAUAAUCCUCUUUCAUGUUCAUACUUUAGUGACUUAUCCCGAUAAUGCAGUCAUUCUGAUUAGGUGCAUUUGAUUCUUCAUUUAUUAUGCUCAGCUGUCUGAUGCUCAGGAGAUGAGAAUAGACAGGUUAGUGAAAUAACCUGCAUCUUUUCUCCCUUUUAUCAGUACUGUCAGAGAACUGGCCACAAAUAAUAACUUACUGUUCUUUUUAAUCUGAAACUAAUUCCAUUGUGGGACAGAUGAGUCUCUCUUCCAUCUGUGGUGCUUAAUCACUAAAAUUCAAGAACUUUUGCAUCUUUUUUCAGAUGUGCCAUAAUGAACUAAAAUUAUUUUUAUACUUGUGUUUCCUGCUACUCUUACAUGUUUUGUCUUCUGCAUUAGAGAUGCAUUUGAUUAAUCAUGGCUACUGGCUGCUGUUAAGAAAGGUUGGACCUGAGAAGUUUCAUACCAUCUUUUUGAUUUUGUGUGACACAGUGACUUUCUGGUCUUUAAUUUAUUCCUUGUUACAUGCAGCCAGACUUACAAAGCAGUUGAUACUUCUUGAAGGUGCUAUAACAAGUACCUAAUAGUGUCAUGAGAACAUCUUUCUACUGUAGUUCACUUUUGAGGCCAUUUCAAAACAUUUUCUGUGCCCUAAUGCAUAAAACUGCAAUGAUGUGAUAAACUGACAUGUCUUUGAUAGGUGCCCAUGUUGUAAUAAGAACAGCUCUACAUAAUGUCAUAACUGGAUAGAGAAAGCAGAACUUUUUGAAUAUGGUAAGGUACAGGUGUGAAGAACUCCACUGCAUGGAUGAUAUUCUCCUUGAUUAAUCUCACUAGUGUUGAGUGGAACUUUUGAGUUGACAGGCUAACACUGAUAUAAAUUAACACUGAAUCACACAAACCAUUAGCAUUUUGCCAUUGACCGCAUUACCAUCCUAGACCUUGGAAUUCUCAAGACACUGAAAUGAUUCUGUGAUUGAUUAAUUCCCUUAUAGCAGAACAGUUGAUCAUUAUUUCUUUGCUGGUGUGCUGCUCACCCCAACUGUUAAUCUUAACCUUAAAAGUGUCACCAAUUGGGACAUUUUGUUUGAUUUGCCCAUCUUAAUGCCAAACCAUCUUUCAGAAGUGAGGAAAAAUGUGUUUGAUAUUCCCAAAAAUUUGAUUUGUUUUAAAAGGAAAAUUUUGAUUGGAUCGAAAAUACUACUGUCAGCUUUCUUUGUUACUUUUUUCAGAGUAAUUUGCGGUUGUCAUUCAUUUAUUUUGGCAGAGUGUGGUCUAUUAAAACGUGGGAGGAUUCACAGAAAAGAGAUUUAGAAAAAUUACAUUUUACUGUAGUACAUGUGCCUCCUGCUGAAAUAGUUAACAUUAUUAACUCAUUAUGAAGGUGAAAAAAGCAGCAUUGUGACUGCCAGCAAAUUGGUCUUAUCCCUAGUAGGGAAGUAUGUCUAUUAAUUUAACAACAUAUUUAUGUUUUGCAUUAGUUCCUUUCUUGUGCGGCAUUGUUCAUUUAGUGCUAUCACAUAAAAAUGUCACUGUUUAUUGCCUCAACCAAAAAUGAAGAUGGUAAGAGCGAUAUCACCACUCUGCCAAAGGCAAUAGAAGGGGCAUUGCUAGAAUAGCAUUACUGUUCCUUUCUGAAUUAAUUUAUCGUGGUGUGGUAUCAAGACUAUUUUCUUUUGUGCCAUAUAACAACAAAAGGGCAGUUGUAAGCCUGUAAAUAAUAUGCGGUAAUGGAAUGCUUCUUUCUGAAAACAACACUGUGUAAUCAGCUGUUGUUCCAUUUGCCAGAACAUAUUAUAUUAGUUUCUGUGUACCAUACAAAAUCAGGCAUCCUUCUUUGGAAGGAUAUAUGGCAAAAAGAAUAUCCAAUUCAGUAAGGAUUAUGGUCAAAAAAGGUAAAAUACAGUUGCCUUUAAGUCGCUGUGCCACAAAGUAUUAGAUCAUCAAAGUCUUUUUUUCAUGAUGCACACAAAUCACUAGGAUGUUAAGAGAUUGCCUUGGAUGCUUCUAAAUGCUUAUCUGCUUCAGGCAUGCCAUGCUUUACAAUGUUUCAUCUGUUGAAAUUCCUGGAGUUGAUAUAGUCAGGAAAAAUCCACUCUAAUAUGCUUAGAGAUGAGACCUUAAGUAAAUGAAAUUCCUCAUGCCUUAUUGGAUUAGGCAGCUGCCUGCAAAUGUGUUGUCAUAAACAUGGCAUUAUGGCAUCACAAUCUGAGUUUUCCUUGGCACUAGUCAAACAAUAUAGAUGGAGGAGCAGCUAAUUUCAAUUGUCUAAACACUGGAUUUUUAAUGUUACUUGUUUUUAUUGAAUUUUAGAAGUGUUUUCUUUGACCACUACAUUUCGUUUGUGCCUUUUCUUAAUAGUGACAAAACAUUCACUGCAAGUCCAUUAACUGCUUCAUAAUUUGAUCUGCAUCUCUUUUUUUCCUGAUUGCAUCGGAGUCUAAAAGUAAUCACAGUAUUCACUGUGCCUUUCAAACUAAAAGCAUUACUGAUGAAAUCUGAAUACAAGAGUGCAUUUCAGCCACAUCAUCCACAUGGCUGCCCCAUUCCAGAUAUGUUAAAACAAUCGUGCAGAAUAGAUUGGUUUUGAUGGUGUAACAGACUUGUUUCCCCCCUGUCUCUGGUAUGUAGAAGUUAUUUUCUUACUGGUGUGAUACACUGCAGCUGCCAUACAGAUACACAAUAUGUGCCAUAUCUAAUACUGCAGACUCCUUGUCUGUAAGGAAGUGAUUUUAUAUGCAAUACAAGAUGGGCUAAUGCUCACUGCCACUUUUGAUUUGCAUUUUUAAUGAAGACUUUUAUUAAAAGGCUUUAAACAGUCCUUCUAUCCCUCCCUAUGCAUUUUGAAUAAAUAAUAAUGGAUGCAUUAUUAUUAUUAAAUGUGUAUUUUUAACCUCAUAUUGCAGUUGUAUGCCUUGUAAAGUAUUUUUAUAUACAAAGUUUCUUAUGCAUCUAUGAAAGCACAAUUAUCUAAAGGGUACAUGAUUUCAAUAAUAUUUUAGUCCUGUUUCGGACACGUUUGUAAAUAUUUUUCUGUAUCCAAAAAGGGAUGCAUUGAUUUUGAUUUUAUAAAUAAAAAUCCUGCAAUACUAAA